AUGCUGUCUCUGCCAGCCACACGGGACGCGGUGUCCCCGGGUGGGCACCGCCCGCGCCCCACGGAGCAGCCCCGGCCGCGGGGCUUGGGCCGCACACGUGUGGCGGGGGGACACACGCGUGGUCCCGGGGAUGGGCAGCCGUGGGGUCCCGCCGUGCCGGCCCCCCGAGGCUCCCCCACGGCCCCGGGGCAGAAGCGGUUCCUCCGCUCCGCCACGCGAACCGCGGCACCGCCCCGGGCACCCCGGACAUCCGCAUCGCGCCCACGCCGAGCCCAGCCCCGCAGGCCACGGCCCAGGGCCCUCGGUGCCCCCUCUGCCGGGCCCUCCCGUCCCGGUCACACCGGCCUCCCGCCGCCGCUCCGUGGCCAUCCGGGCCCCUCCGCGCCCCGCGGCUCCUCCCGCCGCAUCCCCGCGCCGCUCACCCGCCUCCCGCCCGGCCCGGCGGGGAGGGGACCGGGCUCUCCCCGCCCCGGUGCUCCCGGCGCUUCCGAUGCUCCCGGUGUCCCCGGUGCCGCGGCCCCUCCCGGCCCCCCCGCCACUGCGGGCGGAGCGGAGCUGCCGGGUCUGGCCGGGCCCCGCCCCCGGGCCCGGCGGUUCGGGGGCGCGGAGGCGGCCUCGGCGGAGCCCCGGUCACCCGUGGGUCCGCCCAGGAGGGGCCGUCCCGGCACGGAGCCCUCCCCCGGUGCCGCCCUUACGCCCCCCGCGGGUGCCCCCCUCCAUCUCCAGCUCCCCAGGCGGGUGGGCACCAGCACCCAGAGCACCGCCCGAUCAGCGGUGUCUGGCCGGGGGCUCCGCGGCCGGGCAGGGGGCACGGGCAGGGGGAGCGGAUGGCGGCCCCUGAGUCAGCCCCGCGCCGCCCACGCCCCCUCCCACGGCUGCCGCCGCACCAGCUUGUGGCAUUUCGCUCGCCGGAGACGGCGCCGCAAACACGCGCCGGUGCCAGCCGGUGCCGGUGCCGCCGCAGCCCGCGCGGCCACGCGUCCCCCCCACGCGCGGCACCGGCGUGGGGCCUGCGCGGGGCCGGUGCAUCCCGCACCGCCGCCGCCACCCGCUCUGCCCCGGGCCGGGCAGCGCCGCGACGGCACCACGGACAGCGCCGGUCCGGUACCACGAACAGCGCCGCGGUCCCGCGUGGGUGCGCGGACCACCGCCCUCCGCGCCCUCCCGGCGGCUCGCUGGGUGCGGGGCUCCCGGGCCCGCCGCACCCACCCCGGGGGCAGUCCCCGCGAGGUCCCGCCGUCCACGGGGGCACCAAAGCCCGGCUCCGGUCCAGGGAUGGUGGGACAGGGGGAGGGGCGGACGGACGGACAGACGGACGGACGGACGGACGGAGACCACCCUCCGUGUCCCGCGCUCACAGCUCCCCACGCGAGCCCUGCGUCCUUUCCCCGCGGGGGAACCCAUCACACCCGCGUGUCCCCGCUGGGAGUCCCCCAUCUGAGUCCUGCAGGGCGUGUCCCCCAUGGGCGCCCGCCGCGCAUCCCCCGCUGUCCCCGCCGGCAGUCCCUGUGCCCACCCCUGUCCCGCCUGGGGCGGGCCAGCCCGGGAAGGGUUAAACGGCGGGGCCGGCGCGGGGGGCGGAGCGGCCGCCCCGGGAUAAGGCGCGGCGCGGGGAGGGCUCAGCCCCACGGAGCCGCGGGCAGCGCCGCGCCGAGCCCACCCGUGCCCGAGCCCGAGCCCACCCGUGCCAUGCCCCGGGGCGGCGGCGGCUGCUGCUCCCGGCGGCGCGGCGGGGGCGACGGGGGCGAGCAGCCCCCCCCGGCACCGGCCAUGACCCCGCGGGUGGGCAGCGCCUGA